AUGGAGAGCGGGCUGCUGAACGGUGGGUCCCCCUUCAAGCGAAAGCACCACCACGCGAAUGAGCAUGCACAGUAUGAAAUGCCCAAGAGUACGCUCUUCCACCUGAUAACGAGAAUUGGCAUAUCCAUCAUAAGCAUCCUGGUAAUUUCCCUAUUCGUGAAAAGCAACAGUAACAGUAACAUGAAUACGAAUAUGAAUAGUAAGAGCGCGAGGGAGUUUCCCAUGAUGACCAUAGACGAUACGACGAAUGAGCUCCUGCACUCCUUUGGGUUCCCCCCGAACAGCAAAGAGCUGGUGUACAGCAGUUUAGAAAAAUGGGGCUUCCACUUGUCUGACAUCGCAGACGCAGAAGUGAACAAAGAUUAUAAAGAAGCCGAUUUGGACAAUUACAAGUAUUCAAAAAAAACGUACAAAAAUAUUUUGUUUUCUUUUUUUGAAAAAAGGGAAAGAAGUCAAAUAGAGAAAAAUGCCCUUUUGUACACAUACCUGGAAAUACUUCAAACGAAGGAAAUAAAUAGCUUUUACGAUUUUUUGCACAAUUUUUUGGUGCUGCAAGAUUUGAAUUGUUUGCCUGUUAAUUACAAAGGGGUAUACACGAAUGGGAAGCUCUUCUUGUCCAAUCAUAUGCAAAACAUAACCAAAACGGAGUUAACCAAUGUGUACACACUGAUCAAUGAAGGGCCAUACCUAUAUGUAACAUUUCAUGGAGGAAGGAAGAAAAACUCCAUUCAUAAUAUCUGUAAAUUCUCGAGGGAUGGUUAUUACUUAGGAUCGGUACUACUACCUUUUGAAGAAAAAGGCAAAUUUUUUAACUCCAUAAGUCUAAGGGGAUUGCUACUUCAUGAGAAAGGCUUGUAUGUUACCGACUCCUUUAUAGAAAACUCCAAAAUAUUUCAUUUUAGUGAAUGUAUCAAGGAGCUAUCAAAUAGGAGGGCCUAUGUCUCCACCUUUAUCCAACAGGACCCACAGAAUAACCCACUCAUGAUACACCCAUAUGGCAUUAAAAAAAAUAAUCAGUACUUUUACAUAAGUUCCCAGAAUACUGGAUCUGUCCUACGCUUCGAUGUUGACAGCGGAGAACUAGGUCAGCCAAUAGAUUUGUACAAAAACAUUUCAAACGGGCUAGUUAUAAAGCUGAAUAAAAAUGAAGAAAUCCGUGGCCUAGAUUUCGACUCCAUGGGGAAAUGCUAUGUUUCGAAUAAACAAUCUGGGGUUCAUAUAUAUGACCAGAAUUUUAAUUUAGUAAAAAUCAUUCCUGUUUUUUCUCCAAUUUCGAUUUUAUUUCAUAAAGAAAAUAAUCACAUUUUUGUCGGAAGCUCCAAGACGCAUGAUAUUAAAGAAUAUGACAUUAAUAACUUUGAGCUAAUUAAAGUGAUUAAACACCCCCUUCUUCGACACGUGGCAGGCAUAAUCAUUCACCAGGACUCCAUCUUUGCUGUCUCACAGAGGAAGAACAAGUUGCUUGAGUUUUCCAUUUCGACGACGCUCCUCAGGAAAAUCCUCGUGGACGACUUCGCCGAUGUGGGCGAGCGCGUCAUGCUCUCCCCCACUUGA